AUGACUGUCAAUUAUCAAUUGGAUGUCUCCUCCGGAAACCCGCUGCUCUUUUUGAGGCUACUCGCAAGAUGGAGAGGUGAGCAAAAGAGAAAAUCAGAAUUAUGAACCUAAACUCACUCUAGGAUCCUUCUGGAAGUCUGUGAUCUGGGAACUGACCGCCUGGCUCAUUUGUUUUUAUGCAACCUACUUUACGUAUCGAUAUGCUCUCCCCAAGGAUUGGCAAACGUAAGCUUUGGAUAGAGUGUAUCUCAGCGUAGUGACAUCAAACAUUGGUUUCUGAAUUUACAAUUUCUGAAUGAGCAAUUUUUAUUGACAACUUUUUGAUAUCUCAACCGACAGAUUCGUCUAGAAUGAACGGUAUUGGAGUGCUAUUCUAUUAGAGGUUUCCAAUUUUCAGAGUGUUCGAGAAGAUCUCAGUGCAUACAGACGAACGAAUGAAGUACUUGCCGCUCACUUUCCUGCUCGGAUUCUUCGUCACAACAGUGUUUGAAAGAUGGAGAAGUGCGCUCAACGUGAUGCCAUUCAUCGAGUCCGUCGCUCUCUCGACCGCCGUUCUGAUUCCCGGCAAGAAAGAAGAAGACCGAUUGUACCGAAGGGCCAUCGUCAGAUACGUGGUCCUGCAUCAGGUUUGUCCCAUCUUUCUUUCCUUCUUAGUACUGUACAUGAGAAUUCCAGCUGCUUGUGUUCCGUGACAUCUCGAUGCGAGUUCGUCGUCGUUUCCCCACUCUCCAAUACGUCGUCGAUGCGGGCUUCAUGGAGCCAGAAGAGUACGAUAUCAUAGACGAGGAGGAGAAGAAAAAGCACACGGGACCGAUCUACUGGGUGCCGAUCAAUUGGGCCAACUCGCUCGCCCUGGAAGCCCAUCAGAACAAGAACAUUGAUCAGCCGACAGCCUUCAACAACCUGGUGUUGGCGAUCAAAGAGUUCCGAGUGGCCAUGGAGACGCUUAUCAAAUUCGAUUCUGUUCCGAUUCCCAUUGCAUAUCCACAAGUGAGUAUUCUGAACUUUCAAUAGAUUCUAUUAUCUGCUUCGUUACAGGUAGUAUUUCUGGCGGUACGUGUCUACUUUACCAUCUGCAUUAUCAGCCGACAGUUCCUCAUUUCCGAUCUAAAAUCGAAAACGCAAAUGGAUUGGCCUGUUCCGAUCAUGACGUGUUUGGAGUUGAUAUUUGUGAUUGGAUGGAUGAAAGUGGCCGAAGUGCUUCUGAAUCCUCUCGGAGAAGACGACGACGACUUUGAGAUCAAUUGGAUCAUUGACAAGAACAUUUCUGUGAGUUGACUUUUGAAAAAGACCGUCAAUUCUCCACAUUUCAUUUUCAGACAGGAAUGGCAAUUGUGGACACCACCCACGGAUACCAUCCAGGUCUUGUCAACGACAAAUUCGCCGAUCCAAACUACCUUCCCGCCUACGCAACUGACAGUCAACUUCCGAGAACUUUGACGGGAUCAGCAGCCAAAGUGGAGCUCGCGGCGCCGGACGACGAAGUUAAGAUUGUGAGGGUGAUUCCGGAGAAUGCGCCGGCGACCACAGGUACUGCUGGUAGUCCUUGAAGACCAUUGUUCCCUUUUUUCAGAACGGACAAGUAUUUUCAAUCGGAAGGCGCAAUCUCUUCGCAAUCGGACUGUCUCUAUCUCGUCGAACAACGUGGAAAGUCCGAGUGCGGAACGGAAAUUCAACUUGUCCAUGCCGGCGACUCUUCUGAGCAAGUGUAAGUGAUGCGAAUCGAGAAAUCAAUGAACUAUGUAUGCAGCCAUGGCCAUGUCAUCCAAACAAACGGAUCGGCCGACUUUGGAGACACUGAAUGAGGAGACCGAACCGAAUAACCACUUCAGAAGGGGAGAUCGGGUGUACUCUUCCGACUCGGUAAGCUUUUCUCGAAAACUCUGACAAAAAGGGUCAUCGAUGUAUUGUUUGUAGGGUCAAACACGGAAAAGUUCCGAGGAGAGUGGCAAGCACCGGUUGUGA